AAAGGUCGAAAAACAGUACUAGUACUAGUAAAAAUAAAAUAAUUCGAUAUUUAUUUUUUAUUUUCCUGAUAAUAGCAUUAGGGCACAUUCCCCUUUCGCAAGCUAUCUCCUUCCAUUGUCCGCAACACAUAAAAUGCCAUAAAACCCUAAUUCAAACCCUCCACUCUUAUUUCUUCUCCAUCCAUAUCAAAUUGAAUCUGCAAAUAUUGUAGAUUUUAAAGAAUCUCAUGGCCACCAGAAAGCUCGCCAGAGAUUUGUUCUUGUCAAGGCAUCUUGUUCUUCGUCGACAACUAUUAUUACCUCAACAGGUUUCGAGGCCUCCAAAUGCGUACCUGUUUAGACGCGAGUUCGGCGUUUUUAAUGAGUUCUCCAAGAAGAUCAAAGGGGAAGUUGAAAAAAAUCCGGACCUGCAGAAAUCGCUGAAGGAAAUGAAAGAGAAAGCGGAAGAACUCAAAGGAGUCACAGAGAGUCUGCAAAUGAGAACGAAGCAGACUACUGAGCAGCUGUUGAAGCACGCAGGUGGUGUCUUGACGGAGGCUGAAGUGAAGGCGAAAAAGGUUUAUGCUGAUGUAGAAGAAAAAAUUUCAACUGCAAAAGAGGAGGUAAAAGAAAAACUUGAUUUUGGAAAACAAAAGCCUACAGGAGAGGAUGGAACUGCCGCUAGUGGAAACACAAGCAACAAGGAUGGAAGCAAUGCUUCGUCUGGUGAAGAAAAGCAACAUCAGUCUGAAUCUGGGGAUGGCGCCGAAUCACUAUUUAACAGGGUCAAGUCUGGUGUUUCCUCAAUGUCUCCUAAGAUGUCAUCAGCAUUCCACAAGUUAAAAGAAGCAAAACCUGUUGACUUGGUGAAGAAGGGCUAUGACAUUGUGAAGGAUGAACUAAAAGGCAAUCCGAAUAGGAGAAAGCGUCUCGGAUAUGAUGCUUCUUCGGCUGCAACUCCGUCGGCAAAAAUUGAAAAAAGUACACGGACCGAUAUUGUUGUGGUCCCUACAAAGCAGUCUGCAUGGAGUAAGAAAUGGGAUGCAUUCAAGAAUAAGAUGCAAGGCAAUCCUGUUUUUAAGCGUGUCAGUGGGUUUAGCGAACCUGUCAUUGAGAAGAGCCAGGAGAUUGCUGAAGAUAUGCGGGAGAGAUGGGAGACUAGUGAUCAUCCAGUAGUUCACAAAAUCCAAGAUAUUAGUGAAACUGUUCUUGGAGAAUCAGAUGCUGCCAUGUCGUUCAAAGAGAUUCGGCGUCGGGAUCCGACUUUUUCUUUACCAGAGUUUGUGACUGAGGUUCAAGAAGCAGUCAGACCAGUUCUCAAUGCUUAUUUCAAGGGGGAUGCAAAAGUAUUGGAAAAGUAUUGUAGCUCCCAUGUAAUUGAGAGGUGUAAAGCAGAGCAUAAAGCUCUGCAAACCCAGGGAAUUUUUUUUGAUAACAAGAUCUUACACGUGUCAGACGCUGAAGUUCGUGAGACCAAAAUGAUGGGAGAGACUCCCAUAAUUAUUGUUGCAUUCCAGACGCAGCAGGUCUACUGUGUUCGUGAUAGACAAGGCGCAAUAACAGAAGGUGGCCAGGAUACGAUCCAUACCGUGUAUUAUGCUUGGGCUAUGCAGCAGUUAGACCCAGAAGAAGCUGGUGAGGGUGCUCCUUACUCCACUUGGAAGCUUAGAGAAAUGCAGCAACUAGGCGUCCGGGCCCUCAUCUGAUUCUUUCUUCGCCCUCGUCAAGAGACCUUCUUCUCUGCUCGUGCUCAGCUCUUGAGGUGGCGUCUGUCAACUGAGAUGAAGAAAGCACCAGGGUAGAAAUUCGUUGUAUAACGAGCCGAUGAAUUUUGCAUCGGCGGUUUUGCUCUCUUAUAGCACAAAUGGUGAGGCGGUUUAAUAAGCUUGUAGGGAUUUCAAAACAUCAUGAAAAAGAUGGAUGGAUAAUCUUUUGAGGCCGAUUGCUGUGUCUCAUUUGAGUAGAUUUUUGUUGGACUGUAUUUGUUAUUCAGCUAUAGCAAUGUCGUUAUCGGCCUUGAUUAUUCUUGCAAUUUGACAAUAUAGUAAACACAUGUUAUAAAUCCUCUAUGCCGUUUUA